AGUGAUUUUAGCAGCACAUGUUUGAGUUCUCUUACCAACACAUCUGCAGAGAGGGCAAGAAUAAUUUUGGACAGCAACGUAUUGUAUGUGCUUUACAAAGGGAAACCAUGCCAUCUGAAAAUGGAAAAAAACGGAUUUAGCAGAAGCUGAGGGAAAUCUGCAUGUGACAGUUUGGGACUUUUUAAGCUACGCUUGGGACACAAGGAAUUGCAACUCAUUCCUCAGAUUCACAUAUGUCAUUGGGGCACCAACUGCUGGAAGAGGCUAUCAAGCUAAUCUGAGCUCUUUUAACAGCAUUCCGUCUGCUGAUUUAUGAAAAACAAAAUGUGGCUGCCUGUUUAUUUUAUUUUGAGCUGCAAUCUUGUUCUCGUUUCAGGAUACAACUCCUUUCGGAAAAGUAUAGAGACUCUAGGCAAGAAGCAGUAUCAAGUACAGCAUGGAUUGUGUAGCUAUACUUUUCUUUUGCCUGAGAUGGACAAUUGCAGAUCUUCAUCUACCCCCUACGUUUCCAAUGCAGUGCAGAGGGAUGCACCCUUAGAUUAUGAUGAUUCUAUACAAAGGCUUCAGCUGCUCGAAAACAUCCUGGAAAACAACACUCAGUGGCUAAUGAAGCUCGAAAAUUAUAUCCAAGAUAACAUGAAAAAAGAAAUGGUGGAGAUCCAGCAGAAUGCAGUGCAGAACCAGACGGCUGUAAUGAUUGAAAUAGGCACUAACCUAUUAAAUCAAACAGCUGAACAGACACGAAAAUUAACAGAUGUUGAAGCGCAUGUACUGAAUCAGACAACAAGACUUGAGCUUCAGCUUCUAGCACAUUCCCUUUCAACAAAUAAGCUAGAAAGGCAGAUUUCAGACCAGACCAGUGAGAUGGGUAAACUGCAGGAAAAAAACAGCCUUUUAGAAAAAAAAGUCCUCGAAAUGGAAGACAAGCACACUCUCCAGCUACAAUCAAUAAAAGACGAGAAAGAAACACUGCAGUCACUGGUUUCCAGACAGAAUUCCAUAAUAGAAGCUUUAGAGAAGCAGCUGGUCACUGCCACGGCUAAUAACUCAUACCUGCAGAAACAGCAGCAUGAUCUGAGGGAGACUGUGCAGAACCUAUUUUCUAUGAUCGCCACACCAAAUCCAUCCAGUAAUGCAUUAGUGGCUGGAGAAGAACAAAUUCAUUUACAAGAUUGUGCUGAAGCAUUCAAAUCAGGACUUACAACAAAUGGAGUCUACACAUUAACAGUGCCUAACACAGGAGAGGAAAAAAAGGCAUAUUGUGAUAUGGAAACCAGUGGAGGAGGUUGGACAGUUAUUCAACGGCGCUCAGAUGGCACUGUAGACUUUGACCGAACAUGGAUUGAGUACAAAAUGGGAUUUGGGAAUCCUUCUGGGGAGUACUGGCUGGGAAAUGAGCUGGUUUCGCAAGUAACCAACCAGAAGCAGUAUGUUCUUAAAAUACAUUUGAAAGACUGGGAAGGAAAUGAGGCAUAUUCCUUAUAUGAACAUUUCUAUCUAGCAAGUGAAGAAUUAAAAUACAGGAUCUACCUUAAAGGACUUACGGGUACAGCCGGCAAAAUAAGCAGCAUAAGCCAACCAGGAAAUGGUUUUAGCACAAAGGAUGCAGACAAUGACAAAUGCAUCUGCAAAUGCUCGCAAAUGCUAACAGGAGGUUGGUGGUUUGAUGCAUGUGGUCCUUCCAAUCUGAAUGGCCUCUACUAUCCAUUGCGACAGAAUACAAACAAAUUUAAAGGGAUUAAGUGGUACUACUGGAAAGGAUCGGGGUAUUCUCUCAAGGCCACAACUAUGAUGAUCAGACCAGCAGAUUUCUAAAAGCUUUUGCACUCUGCAUUAAAGGGCAUAUUGAAAUAAUUUUUAAGACGCUUCAUUUGAUAAGUAUUUAAAACCAAAGAUACAGCUGGACUGGUUUUCCUGCCUGCAUGUGCACCUUUGUUGGAAGAAAGGUGGGAUAUAAAUUAAAUAUGGAUCUUGCAGGAAUCAACUUGCUUUGAGUCAUGAUUUCAACUGCUACUAAACUUCAUCACAGCUAAACCUCUAGCAAGAAGAGAUAUCAGUUGCAACAAUGAUUUGCCAAAAGAGAAACUCAGAAAGAAUUUAAAGACUGUUGCCUUGAACAUUUAUAAUGUGUGCACGUAACUGGAACUGUGAAAUACUUCAUAAAAUUACUAAAGCUUCGGAACCAAUAUUUUAUGCCUUAUUACUGAACUCUAAUGGCUACCUUAAAACAAAAUCACCCCUUUGUAAACUAUAUUGUAUUCCUAUAACAUGCCAUGUUUGUAAUUAUGUACAUAAUGUUAUUUUGUAAUUAAUUCUUGUACUCAAAUUCUUACCAUUAGUAAUAACUCAUUCAGGGAAGUUUGGUAGCACAUGCUAGUAUAUUUAAUAAGGUUUUGUAAAAAUAGUUCUGUGCUUCACCUCUUUUAAAAGUUCAGUACUAAGUGUAUAAUAGUAAACUACUAUUUCUUUUUCUUAAAAUGUCAGGUAUUUGUAUCAGUAUUUUAAAAAUCAAAAUAUCCCUGAAGCUUAUAGAGUUGUAUUAUUACAAUAUAAUUUGUAAUAAUUACAAUAUAAUUUGUAAGAAAAUUGCACUAUUCAUUCCUAUUUCUUCUAUGUUAAAAUAAUACUUGCUAAUUAAAAAAUUUCAGUAUUUUGGAUAGAUUUGGAAAACAAACUCCUGCCUUCUCUAGCUAAGAUUUAGCUAUUGUGUAGAAGUUUGGAAGUCUGUAUUAAUUAAUGU